UCGUUGAAAUUUAAAAACACUAUAAAAAGCAUUAGGUCUCUCUCUGCCGCGGUUGCGCUCUCUCCGCCGCCGUCUCUCUCCGUCGUGUCCUCCACUCCCUCUGCUGCAUUUCAGACUCCCAUCUACCGGUUUCCGUCUUUCUUCCCACCGUUCAAUAAUUUACUGGAUUUCACUAACUGUAGAUAAUCCGCGUCCGCUUCCUAUAGCUACAUUGGAUUGGAUUCAUAUAUUUCAAGGAGUGUUUGGUUUAAUUGGUACUUCUUGAUAUCCGGAAUGGAAAUCAAUUUGGGGAAACUUGCAUUUGAUAUUGAUUUUCAUCCAUCUGAUAAUCUUGUUGCUACAGGACUCAUAGAUGGUGACCUUCACUUAUACCGUUAUAGCUCUGAUAACGACCCGGUAAGGGUAUUGGAAAUUCAUGCUCACACCGAGUCUUGCAGAGCUGCUCGAUUCAUCAAUGGUGGACGUGCGUUGUUGACGGGUUCUCCCGAUUGCUCGAUACUGGCUACAGACGUGGAAACUGGAUCUACCAUUGCCCGAAUUGAUAAUGCCCAUGAGGCUGCAGUCAAUAAAUUGAUAAACUUGACUGAGUCAACCGUCGCUUCAGGAGAUGAUGAAGGUUGUAUUAAGGUUUGGGAUAUCAGAGAACGUUCUUGUUGCAAUUCAUUUGAAGCCCAUGAGGACUACAUUUCAGACAUUACUUUUGCAUCUGAUGCGAUGAAACUAUUAGCCACGAGUGGAGACGGGACUCUUUCUGUUUGUAAUCUUCGACGGAAUAAAGUCCAAGCCCAAUCUGAAUUUUCUGAAGACGAGCUAUUGUCUGUUGUUCUAAUGAAGAAUGGUAGGAAAGUUGUUUGCGGAUCACAAACUGGAAUCCUGCUAUUGUAUUCAUGGGGAUGCUUCAAGGAUUGCAGUGAUCGAUUUGUGGAUCUCUCUUCAAAUUCUAUUGAUGCCAUCUUAAAGCUUGAUGAAGAUAGGAUUAUCACUGGAUCAGAGAAUGGGAUGAUCAACUUGGUUGGGAUAUUGCCGAACAGAAUCAUUCAGCCUAUUGCAGAGCACUCCGAAUAUCCUGUCGAAUGUCUUGCAUUCUCUCAUGAUAGAAAGUUUCUCGGAAGUAUUGCACAUGAUCAAAUGUUAAAGCUAUGGGACUUGGACAAUAUACUGCAAGGUUCAACAAGCACAGCAAGAAGUGAAACUGGUGUGAUUGACAACGAGGUCGACAGUGACGACGAUGAUGAGAUGGAUGUAGAUAACAAUCAUUCUAAGUCUUCUAAAGGGAACAAGAGAAAGAAUGCAAAUAACGGGCAUGCUGUAGGUGAUUCAAACAACUUCUUUGCAGAUUUAUAGGAGAUUUUGGCUACAACUUUUCCAUAAGCAUCACAAAUAUUUGCCAUAAACACAACCUUUUCAAACAGUUUUGAUAAUCAGACUUAAUUUUUUAUUUAUUUACAUUUUGUUUUCCAAUAGUAAUGAUCAUAUGUUCUUUGUUUUUAAAGAUUUCUGAAAGAUAUUUAGUCACUGAAAAGAGUAUCAAAAUUGCAUAAAAGUUGAUUUAAAUAUCCAUAUUAAGUGUAUAUUUGACCAAACUCUUUGAAUUUAAAUCAAUAUGAUUUCAAGAA